AGCAUUCAAUAUGAAACUCACUCUCUGUGUGCUUCUGGCUUGCCUGAUCAGUGCAAAUGCACUUGUCUACGAAUACCCCAGCGAGGAUCUGCCCUUGAAGACAUUCGACUAUACCGAUGACGGCCAACUACAAGGUAUUGAGGCCGAAUCCUUUGGCAUAUUCUCUUCCACCUGGUGGGUUAUCAAGGCCUGCCUACGGACUGUUAAGGGUUUCAAUUGCCUCAUUAAAUGGGUGGAGGGUAUAAAGACUAGUGCCUUGACAUUCAAUUCAAAUGUCAUUCUUUGCGGAGUGACGGCAAGUAAAGAUGUGACAAAUCUGAUUAAUGCCAAUGUGAAGAUUAUUAAGUCUGCCAACGAUAUUAUUAAUUUGAAGUCGAAUGUUUGUGCUGAUACCGAAUCGGCUGUGGCCAAGGUGACCAGUAGUUGUGCCAUCAAGGCAUUGGCCAAAAUAUUCUCACUCUAUAAGGAGGUGAAGAGUGCCAUCAGCUUGGCCAAAAAGAUACCACAGACAGGACCGAAUGCCGUUAGCUGUGUCAACGAUGCGGUAAGCACGUUGACCGCAUAUUAUACUCAGUUUCCCCAAAAUAUAAAGACGUGCUCCAAAUUGACUUCCUAAUAAAAUUCAAGUCAAUUAUGAACAUUA